AUGAUUGGGAAGCAGAGGGGCAGCUCCCAGCCUGAUCAUCUCUAUAGAUUAAAUCCGGUGGAAGAAGAUGCUAAGGCCGCCGUCGCCAUGCACUCCCAACCAUCCGAUAGGCUCCACGAGGUGGAACGACUCCGCAUCGGACGAUCCAACGAUCCUCUCAAACCUGCCACGCAGGUACUCCACCCCUCCGCCGGGCAGCCACCCCGCGCCGGCCGUCACGGCCCAGAGCUUCUCCAUCGCCCACCCUUCCGCGUCCGACGGCGCCUCCCGCCUCGUUGCGAACCCCGCGCGCCCGCCGUUGCAGUACACCAGCCACUUGGGCGACUCGAGGAGAGCGCCUCCGCUUCCGGCCCACUCUCGCUGGCACUCCAACACGAUCCUGCCGGCGGCGGCGAUGUCCGUGCCCGCGAGGCCGGCCGGCAGGUCGAGGACGAGGAUCGGCGCCGGCACCGCGGACUCCACGGGCGCCGCGUGCUCGUGAAGGAAGAGGCGGACGCGGCGGUCGCCGGUGGAGGGGAGGAAGAGCGUGCCGCGGACGACGGCGGGGGAGGAGGGCGCCGCCGGGGAGAGGCCCAGCGCAGCGUGGCACGGCUGGAGCGUGGAGGCGAGGAGGCACCGGCCGACGCGGGACCACCACGCCGACCACGCGACAUGGCAGCUGCGGGGCGCGGCCUGCUGUUUUUCUCCGCCGCCGUCUUCGCCGACGGGCACGACAGCCGGCGGCAUGUGUGCAUGCCGAUAUGGCAGCCUUUACCUUGCGGGUCGUUUUGGCUGCUCCGCGGCAGCGAUGGAGGAGGUGGCCGCUUAGCGGCGAGCUCGUCGUGGACACCAGUGAAGACGAUGCUGGCUGAUGACCUUCCUCGUCUCAGGCUGGAUUGGAAGGAGAGGCCGCUGCAUGAAGCAAGGGGAGCAAAAGUUGCAACAGGAGCAAGGGGAGCAAGAGGAUCUGGAAGAGCUAGUACAACGGGAAGAAAAAGAUCACAAGACAAAGAAAACCAAGAGGAGUUCCAGUCAACACAAGGAGCUCCAGGAUAUGAGGAAUGA